AUGGAGCUGACGGAGUGUGUCUCCCAGCAGCCUGGUGGACUGGGAGCCCCCACUGAAAUUAAGGGCAUGGCACACGUGGAUGGGGGCCCCCGGCUCGGGGCUGUCCUGGGCCAGCCCUGCAUCUUCAAGCUGGUUCUCCUGGGCAGUGGCUCGGUGGGCAAGUCCAGCUUGGCUCUCCGGUAUGUGAAGAAUGACUUCAAGAGCAUCCUGCCGACGGUGGGAUGUGCAUUCUUCACAAAGGUGGUAGAUUUGGGAGCCGCGUCUCUGAAGUUUGAGAUCUGGGACACAGCUGGCCAGGAGAAGUACCACAGUGUCUGCCACCUUUACUUCAGGGGCGCCAACGCUGCACUUCUGGUGUAUGACAUCACCAGGAAGGAUUCCUUCUGCAAGGUGCAGCAGUGGCUGAAGGACCUGGAAGAGGAGUUCCACCCAGGAGAAGUCGUGGUGAUGCUCGUUGGCAACAAGACAGACCUCAGCGAGGAGCGGGAGGUGACCUUUGAGGAAGGGAAGGAGUUCGCAGAGAGCAAGGGCCUGCUGUUCAUGGAAACCUCGGCUAAACUGAACCACCAGGUGACCGAGGUCUUCAGUGCCGUCGCCCGAGAGCUUUUGCAGAGAGAAGAGAGGAAGGAGGGCCAGAGGCAGCUGGGAGACCCACGGCUAGUUCUGAAGGAGAGGCCCCUGGGGCGGGGCAGAUGUUGUGCCCGCUAGAAGCCGCUACUCCAGGAGGCCGUGGGGAGGGUGUCCCGCAGCCCACACCCUGCUGGUCCUCAGGGUGAGCCACCGCCAGCUCUGUGUUGACAGUGGUACUUAUCCUGAUUCUCUGUUGAUGCUGGCGUGUUCCUGAGUCCUAGAGGCUCAGGAAGCUGGCAUCCCUUAGAAUAACCACCUCCCAAAGCAGGUGAGAAUCAUUCAGGAGAUGGUCCGUGUCCAAGACUCCCAGAGGGUGUUGGCCCCACCUCCCCAGACCCAAGAAACCGACUGAAUCCCGAAUGUCUUGGGGGCGGGUGCCCCUGACCCUGCCCGGAUGUGACCCCCUCAGUUCUAGGGCCACCAGACACCAAAGAAUGAGAUGGUCAGAGGGGAAAUAAGGGUUGGAAAAAUACAAUCACCCAGCACACACUUGGUACUGGGCAGGGGGCUGCCUGGGGCCUGGGGCCCCCCUGCUGCUGGGAGGUGGGAGAGGAGACAGCAGGCCCAGCUGGAGGGGGCAGUGCCAGGGAGAGGUGGAGUGACCAUCCCGGGGCUGAGUGCAUCGUCACUGGAGGUCUGUGAGGUUUCCCCAAAGGACGGUGCCUGAUGGAGGGUGGCUGGGGGUGUGGGUGGGGGCGUUGGGCCCCCAAUCUCUGCUCCUAGCUGUGAAUAUGAUUAAGUGAUGCUUGUACCCAAUGGGCGUGAGGGCUCAGACUUUCAGCUGAGGUGUAACGUGUACCAUGUAUGAGAUUUUCUCCAAAAAGUA